AUGAUAAUCAGACAGUUCUGCGCCCGUCAUGGGCGCACUGCGCUAUCUCGGUCGACGAGAAUCCUCAGUCGAUCGUAUGCGGAUAGCAGAAGUAUCGGAAACCCCGAGCUUCGACAGUCAGAACGAGACCGCAAGCCAAGUCCCUCGAUACCAGGCCAUCCAGAUGCUCCUUCCAGCAUCCUCGACACAGUUGGUCACCCUCCGACGCAAGCAACCAUCUCCGUCGAGAAAGAACUCGAUUCGCAGCAAAAGUCCAUGCAAUCUCUCCACGCCGAUGUCAAUGCUCACAUUAUGGCUCGAAUCCAAGCCUUCAACGAACCUCUCCCGACUUCAACGCCGGAAGCGAUCAAAUCCUCCCCUUCGCCCCUUCAAACUCCCGGGCCUGUCGAUGACCUUCCCUUCAAAAAUCUCAAAACACUAAAUCAACACCGCCGCCGUACGCAAAAGCAGACCAGCAAAGGCACCCAUCUCUCCCAGACAUACGACCCGUCAACCAUUCUUCGAAAACCACCGACGCCCGAUGAACUCACCCUUCCUCUGCUCCUUGCCAACCAAACACAUCUGGGCCACGCCACGCCACUCUGGAAUCCCGCGAACAGCAAUUACAUCUUUGGCAUAAGAGACGGUAUCCACAUCAUCUCCCUGGAUGUGACAUACGCCUAUCUUAGGCGCGCAGCGAAGGUGGUUCAAGAGGUCGCCCGGCGCGGCGGCAUAAUCCUGUUCGUGGGCACACGCAAGGGCAUGGAAGACAUCACUGUGAACUCGGCGAAAUUAGCAGGUGGCUACCACAUUUUCCACCGCUGGGUGCCUGGGUCCUUGACCAACGGCCAGCAGAUUCUAGGAUCAUGCGGCGUUAAGGUGGUCAACAUCCUUGACAAGGAGCUUGAACAGUACACACCAGCCUUCAGCCAGGGCAAUCACACCGUGAUGCGCCCGGAUCUGGUCGUCUGCUUGAAUCCGCUCGAGAACGAGGUCUGCCUGCACGAGUGCGGGUUGUUCAGUGUCCCGACCAUUGGCAUCAUCGACACAGAUGCAAAUCCGACAUGGGUGACGUACCCUAUCCCAGCCAACGACGACUCUUUACGAUCUGUUGCCUUGAUCGGAGGAGUACUCGGCCAGGCUGGUAGGGAAGGACAGAGGUUGAGAAAGCUUGCAGCCAUGCGCGGCGAGGCAACGUACAGUACAAGAGAGGUUGAAAAGACGAUCCAGGACAUUGAAGAAAUUGCUUCGUUGGAGGUGCAAGAACCUGAUCGUGCAAGCGCCAAUGCUUAA